UGGUAAAGUGGUUGUCGCGCUGCCUGGCGCUAAGUUUGAUUUGAAAAGGAGGCGGCGUUGUUGUUGUUGGUUUGUAGAAGAAGCAAACGAAGCGCUCUUCCUUCCGCAGCUCAUUUCCCAUUGCAGACCACAGUGAGUAUGGACUCGCGUCUCUCCAAUUCCUCGUCUUCCACUCAUCACUCUAAUUCUAAGAAAAGGAAGAAGAAUGCCACCGCCAACAACACCAACCAGAAAACCCUAGGCGUCGCUUGGGGCUCAAAGUCCCUCUCUGCCUCCUCUUGCUCCUCUCGAAAAUCCCCGUUCUCUGAUUUCAGCAGUUACAUGGCACACAAGAAUUGCAAACUUCAGAACCAGUUCGACUCCGAAGCUUCCGCAUCUGCUGCUCGGAAACCAAUUUUCAGUGGAGUUUCUAUAUUUGUUGAUGGUUUCACGGUCCCUUCCAGCCAGGAGCUGCGGGGCUACAUGUUAAAGUAUGAUGGAAGGUUCGAGAAUUAUUUCUCAAGACAUUGUGUCACACAUAUUAUCUGCAGCAAUCUUCCUGAUAGUAAAGUUAAGAACAUCAGAGCCUUCAGUGCAGGACUACCAGUAGUAAAACCCACUUGGAUUUUAGAUUCAAUUGCUGCUAACAGACUCUUAAGCUGGGUGCCUUAUCAACUUGAGCAGGUUGCUAGUAACCAACCAAAACUGUCAGCAUUCUUCACAUUGAAAAGUAGCAAGAUGUCAGAGGACACUUUUACAAAUGCCCUUUGUCAAGUGGAACCAGACGUUCAAGAUUCAUUCCCAAGGGUUGGCCAACUGAAGGAGAGACACCCAUCUGAAGUUGGGGAGAUGGUUGAAGUUUGCAGGCAAAUCAGUAAUGAAUCGAAUGAUAUUUCCUCCAAGAAAACUGAUGUAUUUAUGAUGGAAGAGCCUAUUGGUGAAAGAGUUAUAUGUGAUGAAGAAAAGCUUGCAGAAGCAAACAGUUCAGAAACUAAUAAUGAAAGAAACACUGAAGGGGAGCUUGAUCCUACUUAUCAAGAACCUUCUACAUCAUUUAGUAUUCCCUGCUCAGAUAACCAGAAUGUACAUCAAUUUCCAAGUUCUGAAGCCACUGGAUCCUCUAAACAAUGUCAUUCAACUCUUACAGACCCCAAUUUUGUAGAAAAUUAUUUCAAGAAUUCACGACUUCACUUUAUAGGAACCUGGAGACAACGGUAUCGAAAACGGUUCCCAACGUUGUCUACUGGUCUGAAUAAUGGAAUUUCUAACAGUAAUAAAUCCGAUAUUAAGUCGGUUAUUCUUCAUGUUGACAUGGACUGCUUUUUCGUUUCUGUGGUUAUCAGAAACAAACCUGCGUUGUUUGACAAGCCUGUAGCUGUAUGUCACUCAAAUAAUUCGAAGGGAACAUCUGAGAUUUCCUCUGCAAAUUACCCAGCUCGUAGUUAUGGUAUCAGAGCUGGUAUGUUUGUUCGAGAUGCCAAGGCUCUUUGUCCCCAUCUUGUUACCUUUCCAUACAACUUUGAAGCUUAUGAGGAAGUAGCUGAUCAAUUUUAUAGUAUAUUGCAUCGGCAUUGCAACAAAGUGCAGGCUGUAAGCUGUGAUGAAGCAUUUUUGGACUUCACAGAUGCUAUGGUUGAAGAUCCUGAACUUUUGGCUUCAUCAAUUAGAAAAGAGAUCUAUGAAACCACUAGGUGUACAGCAAGUGCUGGUAUAGGGGGGAAUAUGCUUAUGGCUCGUAUUGCUACUAGGACCGCAAAACCAAAUGGUCAAUGUUACAUAACUCCAGAGAGAGUUGAUGAUCAUUUAAAUCAACUUCCAGUUGAUGCUCUUCCUGGUAUAGGGUAUGUUUUACAAGAGAAAUUAAAGAAGCAGAGUGUUAAUACUUGUGGACAGUUGCGAAUGAUUUCCAAGAACUCACUGCAGAAGGAAUAUGGAAUGAAAACAGGGGAAAUGCUGUGGAAUUAUAGCAGAGGAAUUGAUUAUCGAUCAGUAGGGAUCAUUCAGGAAUGUAAGUCUAUCGGUGCGGAUGUUAAUUGGGGUGUGAGGUUCAGAGAUAUGAAAGAUUGUGAACACUUCCUAAUAAACCUAUGCAAGGAAGUUUCGUUGCGUUUGCAAUGUUGUGGAGUACAGGGGCGCACUUUCACUCUAAAGAUAAAAAAGAGAAGAAAAGAUGCUGAUGAACCUGCAAAGUUUAUGGGCUGUGGGGACUGUGAAAACUUGAGUCACUCUGUAACGAUUCCUCUUGCAACUGAAAAUGUGGAAAUACUUCAACGAAUAGUAAAGCAACUUCUUGGAUGCUUUUACAUAGAUGUUAAAGAGAUUCGCGGUAUUGGAUUGCAUGUUUCCAGACUUGAAAAUGCAGAUACGUCUAAGCAAGGUACAGAGAAGUAUACUUUGAAAUCAUGGCUUACUUCAGGAUCUGCAAGUGUGGAAAAACAGAAAUAUCAUAUGGGUCAUAACAAACACAAUUCGGAUUGUGCGAAUUGUGCUUCAAGUCAUGGAUGCAUUCAUUCACAAGGCUCUUCAUUUCAAAUUGACAAUAAAAUACUAAAUAUUCAUGUUAGUGGUGAUCCGAUUUCAACACCACCUCCUUUAUGUCAGCUUGAUGUGGAAGUUAUUAGAAAUCUUCCCUCUGAAGUAUUUUCAGAACUAAAUGAAAUUUAUGGAGGGAAGUUAAUUGAUUUUAUUGCUAAAGGAAAAGGCAAAUGUGAGAGUUCUAGCUCUCUAGGAAACUCAUUGGAGGAUGACGCAGCUACAUGUAAAGAAGAGGACCUUCCAUAUUCUGAUCCUAUUCCUCUAAAUCAAAUCUUUUCAGAAAAUAAGGCAAUGCAGCAUGAAAGAGUACUUGGCUCAGGACAUGGAUCCUGUUCCCAAGUUACUCAUAAUUCGAACAUUGAAAGAGAUGAUUUAUUGCCUUCUUCUUUAAGCCAAAUUGAUGCUUCAGUGUUACAGCAAAUUCCUGAGGAUUUGAAAGCUGUUAUUCUUGAGCAUCUUCCUGCACACAGGGCGCAAGAUUUCUGCUCUACUCCUGCCAUUUGCCCUGGUAGAAUCAAUCAGGAUUCAGUAGGUGUUGAUACUUCAAAGAAUUGUCCUGGAACAGUUAACCAUGCUUUGAAUGACAGUCUUUGGGCCGGUAAUCUUCCAAGUUGGAUGGACAAGUUUAAAGACAGCAGUUGCUUAAGGAAGCUUGGAGAAAUCUAUCAUAGAUCUGGGUUUAAUAGCCAGUUAUCUUCAGUUUUACCCCAAUUUUUAUCUGAGUUUCACCACCUAGAUCUUACCCAAGAGAUUUACGAUGAAACUGUUAACAUCAUGUGUGAGCUACUGAAGCAAUAUGUCAAAGUGAAGAUAGAGAGAGAUAUUGAAGAGAUUUAUAUUUGUUUUCGGCUUCUGAAAAGGUUUGCAGUGAAGUCCCAAUUUUUCUCCCGUGUAUAUAAUGAUAUAUUUCCAUUCCUUCAGGCAGCCGUAGAUGACAAUUACGGAGGAAGCUUGUUUAUGCCAUAAUAGUAGCAACACCCAAAUGGUCUAUCACACCUUAUUACUCUCAGAAACUUCCCAGCAAUUCACUGGUUUAGCUUUAUGAGCUUAAGAAUAAGAGGUCAGAUCACAAACCAACAGUUGCUAUCUGCAGCUGAUGUGUGGAGUACUUUUGAUUUAUGCGAUGUGAUCGCUAAACAGUCUGUGGUGCUAUGUACUUAUUUUAUUGGAUGUUGCAUUUAACUAUUUAAGUUCUAGUAAGUUAAUUAAACAUUCUUAUUAACAAAUUUGUAAUUUCACGUUGCUUUGUUCCCAUCAGCAGUGAACAGUUGUAUAUAUUUUUUUGCUCAAAAAGUGUGAAUCCUUGUGUCAUUCCCU